UUCAUAUCGUUUCAAUAUAAUUCAUAAAGUACAAUAUUAUAUUUCUUAUUCAAUAUGUCAUCUCUUUCAAGGCUUCUCUUCCUUUGUCUUUGCUUUUCUCUCCUGUUUUCCACCUCAGUUUCUGAAGAUGACCAAUAUCGAAAGACAUAUAUUGUAUACAUGGGAAGUCAUCACCAAGUUUCUUCAGCUCCAUUAUCAUCUCAUCAUCAUAUGAGAAUACUACAAGAAGCAGUUGGCAGUACCUUCGCCCCACACUGUUUGCUCCAUAGCUACAAGAGAAGUUUCAAUGGCUUCGUUGCAAAGCUGACUGAAAUUGAAGCCAAGAAAGUUUCAGAAAUGGAGGGUGUAAUUUCGGUAUUUCCAAAUGGAGAACUGCAACUUCACACAACAAGAUCAUGGGAUUUCAUGGGAAUGAGUGAACAAGUUGAGCGAGUACCAUCGGUGGAAAGUGAUAUAAUUGUGGGAGUAUUUGACACCGGAAUUUGGCCGGAAUCUCCCAGUUUCCUUGACCAUGGAUAUGGCCCCCCGCCGCCAAAGUGGAAGGGUUCUUGUGAAGUCUCAGCUAAUUUCUCUUGUAACAAUAAAAUCAUUGGAGCUCGGUCAUAUCGUAGCGAUGGUCGGUAUCCAAUAGACGAUAUCAAAGGUCCAAGAGAUUCAAAUGGCCAUGGAACGCAUGCAGCAUCGACAGUAGCAGGUGGGUUGGUUAGACAAGCAAGUAUGCUUGGUCUCGGCAUGGGCACGGCAAGAGGAGGAGUCCCGUCGGCACGUAUCGCAGCUUACAAAGUAUGUUGGUCAGACACUUGCUCUGAUGCUGACGUUCUUGCAGCAUUUGAUGAUGCUAUUGCCGAUGGAGUUGACAUUAUCUCUAUGUCCGUUGGACCAAAAAGACCGAGACCUAAUUACUUUCAAGACCCCAUCGCUAUUGGAACUUUCCAUGCAAUGAGAAAUGGGAUCCUUACAUCAACGUCCGCCGGCAAUGAAGGUCCAUUGCAUUUCACUGUUACAAAUUUCUCACCUUGGGCUUUAUCGGUGGCAGCCAGUACUUCCGAUAGGAGAUUUCUAACUGCUGUUCAACUUGGAGAUGGAAGAAAAUUCAAUGGGGUAACAAUCAAUACAUUUGAUUUAAAUGGAACACAAUAUCCAUUGGUGUAUGCUGGAAAUAUACCAAAUGUUACUGGUGGCUUUAAUGGAUCCUUCUCAAGAUUUUGUUUAAGAGACUCAGUGGACAGGGAAUUGGUGAAAGGUAAAAUUGCCAUUUGUGAUAGUUUUGUGUCACCAUCAGAUGUGGGUUCUCUAGAAAGUGCAGUUGGAAUUAUAAUGCAAGACAGAAGUCCAAAAGAUCUAACAUUCGCUUUUCCCUUACCUGCCUCUCACCUUGGCAUACAGCAAAGACCUCUCAUUUCCUCCUAUCUCAAUUCAACUAGGAUUCCAACAGCAACUAUAUUGAAAAGCACUGGACUGAAGCUUCAAGUGGCUCCUUUGGUUGCAUCUUUCUCUUCCAGAGGUCCGAAUCCAACAUCCCCGUACAUUCUUAAGCCAGAUGUGAUUGGUCCAGGAGUUGAAAUUCUUGCAGCAUGGAGUCCUUUACGUUCACCUUCAAAUGCUAAAGGCGACAAUAGAAAACUUCUUUUUAAUAUAAUCUCAGGAACUUCAAUGGCUUGCCCACAUGCUACAGCAGUUGCUGCCUAUGUUAAAUCUUUUCACCCUUCUUGGUCUCCUGCUGCCCUUAAAUCAGCACUUAUCACAACAGCAUUUCCAAUGAGAGGCGACCUUUACCCAGAGGCAGAAUUCGCAUAUGGUUCUGGCCAUAUAAAUCCACUAGGCGCAGUAAAUCCAGGAUUAAUCUACAAUGCUUCUGAAACUGACUACAUAAGAUUUCUUUGUGAUGAAGGUUACAACACCACUUUUCUCCGAAUAAUCACAAAAGAUAAUUCUACAUGUUCUACAACCCAGUCUAUACGAGUUUAUGACCUAAAUUAUCCUUCUUUUGCCCUUUUCACACAUAUCUCAACCCCAUUUAGUCAAACUUCGAAAAGAAGAGUCACUAAUGUUGGAUCAACAAAUUCUACCUAUAAAGCCACCAUUUCUGCUCCUUCAGGGCUUAAUAUUACUGUCAAUCCUUCCAUUCUUUCAUUCAAAGCCUUGGAAGAAGAGCUAAAUUUUGAGGUCACAUUUGAAGGAAAAAUCGAUAGAAGCAUUGAAUCGGCUUCCUUGGUUUGGGAUGAUGGUGUUCAUAAGGUUAGGAGUCCUAUAAUUGUCUUUGAUUCCGAUACCUUCACUAGGAAUUAAUAACAAGUUUGUAAUUUCCUUGUAUUAUCUCAUUACCUAUGUGUUCUUCAAAUUAUUAUUAGUUAAUAAAUUCUCAAGUUGGGACAUAUGAAUGUAUUAAUAAUUUAAAAGUUCGUUGUUUGAAUAAUAAUUACCGUUUCUCGGUUGC